AUGGACGAUGAGUGUGAGAAAUGGGCUCAAGUUCUGUGGGACUACUUGUGUCUACACCAACCCCUUGAGAAGAGUGAUGUUAUAAUUGGUCUGGGAUGUCAUGAUCUGCGCGUGGCAGAGAGAGCAGCCGCACUUUUCCUGGAGGGGUGGGCCCCUUGGCUGCUUUUUACAGGUUACCUGGGCAACCAGACUGCAGGGGUCUGGCAGCACCCAGAAGCUGAGGUCUUCAUGGACAUAGCUCUGAAAAUGGGAGUCCCCAGGGAGAAGAUCCUGCUAGAGAAAGAAGCCACCAACACUGGAGAGAACAUUCGCUUCUCUUACGAAGUCCUGAAGAAGAACCAUGUUCCAGCUGGCAGGGUGAUUCUAGUCCAGCAGCCCUUCAUGGAACGGCGGGUGCUGGCCACCUUCCUGCGCCAGUGGCCCGGAGAGAAAGAGAACACACAUGCCAUCGUCACCUCCCCCUGCACUGACUUCGCCCAGUACCCCCACCCCACUGUGGGCACUGUUCAUGACCUGAUUGGAUACAUGCUAGGUGUCAUUGAGAGAAUCCGAGACUAUCCUAAGAAAGGAUUCCAGGUUGAGCAGGAAAUCUCACCUGAUGCCCUUGCUGCUUAUCAAUGGCUUCUGCGUGCCGGAUACACUCCUAAAUGA